AUGACGCUCGGCUUCGGCGAGACGUUCGUCUACCUCAAUCUCCUGUACUACGUGAGCACCCUCAUGCUUCACCGCGAGUACUUCCCCUUCCUGCCGACCCCGGAGUCGGAGCCACGGGGUCCAGUCGACCAGCCCAUGCUGGGGGCGCCCGCCCCCGAGGGCUGGUGGGACGACAGCUCCCGACUCCUCUUCGGCGCGGCAGAGCACAUCGCCGCCAUUCUACACGAGGCCUCCGAGUGUGGCGUGCAUCUCAUGACGCCCUUUGCCGGGUUCUGCGCAUUCUCAGCCGGCUACCUCAACCUCUACGUGGCGAAAUACCCCCGAAUGAACCUGGGCCGCAGCCCGCGAGCAAGCGACUGUCUCAAAAUGUGUCUCGACUACCUGGAAAAGUUUCGACUUGUCUGGAAAAUCGCCGACGGAUGGGGCGGCACGCGCAAGAUCAAAACGAUACACCAUGCAUCCGUGCUCUACGAGCGAGCAACCGAGGACCGGACACGAUACCAGGGGCGCACACGAGCAGACUUUGAUACUCUACACCAGUCUGUCCACGAGUUCCGUGUCGUGGAUAGAUCCGACGCGCAUACUCGGGAGAUUCGGGGCGCGGAGCGGCCCUCGGCGCAGGCGACUUGGCCGGUUCAAGGGCACGAGCACGAGCACGAGCACGAGCACGAGCUCGACACUAAUACCUUGUUGAACCAGCUUUUCGCGGAAGUCAGCAAUAACCUCGACGAGCAGGGGGCCUGGUCUCAAUGGUGGCCGGCGAUUGAUCAGGUGGAUCUUUAA